UCUUUCACUUCACGGGCUGGACUUUGUACCUUGCCGUAACUCUCUCCAAAAGCACACCAAAAAAAAAAUGACUUCGCAAAGAACCAUUGUGUUUCUACCAACGCUAAUCUCAUUCAUGAUCGUAUUCAUUAUCUUAGACGCGACGACGACCAUUGAUGGUAGAGAAUUACGACCGGCGGAUCAUGGACUGGAGUACUACUACGAACCAAGCGAAUCGUCAUCGGAAAUGACGUCCUUCUUCGGACCCCCUUCUUGGAAUGAGCUGGAUUCGACACCGUCAUCAUCAUCGUCACCUGCUGCCUCCAUAUUGCCUAGUGCGGUGAAAUCAUCGGCACCGAAAGACCGGGGUGGUGAUGAUGGUCACGUGAUGAAUCACGUGCUGGUUGUGGGGAGCUUCGUGUGUGGACUCACCGGCGUUGCUUUGAUGGUCGCUUCUGCUUUCAUUUAUUUUCGUGGACGAUACCCAAAACUACAAAAUUCGUCUGUUACUUGUGAUCAGAUUCAUGCAGAUACCAAGUAGACGAACCAUUUCAUAUUUUCUUUCUUCUUUUUUUUCCUUUUUGCUGUCUAUAGAUUCUGAAAUUAAUUCUCGAAAAUAAAUUUGUUUUUGUUCACCUGAUUAAUGUGAAUGAUUAUUGUAGAAAGCAAAAGAUUAUUAUUA